ACGUCGUCGUUGCUGGUGGGAGAGCCGUGUGAUCUUCUUCAUCCCGAUUCAACCGGAGACCUGAAAAUCUGCAACAAAUCCAAUCGUGGACCAUGUCCCUUGCCCACGAUCUCGUUCGUGGAAGAUACAGUCCUGCAAAGGCAGGACUGACUAGGGGCAAGUUAUGGGUCUCUAUAAAAGGGAACAGAAAACCUAGCACCAGGGGGAGGAGCAAUCCAGAAAAACAGAGCAAUCAACCCAGAAAAACAGAGCAAACAAGACACAACCAAAAAAAAUACAGAGUCAAGAACGGAAACAUCAACCCAAAACAGAGUAAAAAACCAAAAAAAAGAGGGCAUAAACCAAAAAAUAUAUACACAAAAAGGAGAGAAAGGCAGAGGGGAGUAACGGAUCAGCCCUGUUUUCGUCCCUGCAAGAAAACAAUUGAUCACUGAACCAUCGGUUAUUGACAGAAAGCAGUCGAACCCACACCGGCGUUGCAGCCUUCCUCACCAUCGCCAGAAACAGAAAGCAUUCGAACCCACACCAGUAUUGCGGCCUUCUUCACCAUCGCCAGAAACGGAAAGCAGUCGAACCCCACCAGCGUUGCAGCCUUCUUCGCAAUCUCCAGAAACAGGAAAAAGACAAAAUGGAAAACGAAGAAAGAGCCCAGUUGGAAGCCCAACAUCAAAAAGAGGUGGACAAUCUUAAGGAAGAAGUCACAAGGCUUAGUAGUCUACUCGAGCAGGCCUUGAGAGACAAAUCCGGAAAAGCAACAUAUAUAGCUCAGCCUGAACCUAUGCUCGUAAAUCCCUUCACUCCACAGAAUCUGGGGGCAAACGAGAAGGAAUCUCAAAAAGGCAAGAUGGUAAAAGAAGAUGAUCUGAACAAAUUCAUUACCCUAGAGCAAAGGAUGAGGGCAUUUGAGGGAAUUCGCCUAUAUGAUCCUAUAAAGGCUGUUGAUAUGUGUUUGGUGCCCAACGUUGUCAUUCCCAAAAAAUUUAGAGUGCCAGAAUUUGUUAAAUAUACGGGAACUCAAUGCCCUAUAACUCAUCUCAAAGCAUACUGCAACAAAAUGGCUGAGGUGGUUGAUGAUGAGAAACUGCUGAUUCAUUUCUUUCAAGACAGCUUGAGUGAUGUUUCCCUCACUUGGUAUAUGCGGUUGGACAAUACCAAGGUUAAAAAAUAGAAGGAUUUAGUUGAUGCCUUCAUGAGGCAAUAUAAGUUCAAUAUAGACGUGGGCCUUGAUCGUUUAAACUUGCAAGCUAUGGAGAAGAACAACAAGGAGUCCAUAAGGGAUUAUGCCCGAAGAUGGAGUGAGGUAGCUGCACAAGUUAACCCUCCUAUAUUGGAAAAAGAGAUGAUUAGUUUAUUUUCCAACACCUUUAAAGCUCCGUACUUUGAAUACUUGGUUAGAAGCUCUGCACAACAUUUCACUGACCUGGUUGUUACAGCUGAGAGGAUUGAACAGGUCAUUGGGUUAGGUAAGAUUACUAACCCGACUGAGAAGAACGGUUUCACUGAAGGUUGUUGCCAAGGCACUUAUCGUUCCUAUAGCUAAUUGCUUCACACCGACUCCCAGAAAUCAACUAUCUUGAAGAAAAGCUAUGGUGAUAUUAGGUCGAGAAUGAUCUACAUAUGAUUUCAAUUGAUUGUUGAAAAGAUGCCCUUGUCGAGGAGAAUGAAUGAUUGAAAGAUUCCAGAAAUUCCAAUCAAUGAUCGCUAAAUGUUUAGCCCCUUUAUGUGUUAUCAUGCCAGUGUUCAUAGCCCAAGCUGUUGGCAUAAGUUCUUUGUUGUUAAACUUCUUCUCCAAAGUUUCAAUGAAAUAAUGAGUUUGUCAUUCAAUCAUGUUUACGACCAAGCAUUAUUCAUUUUC